CGCACCGCGACCACUCUGUAUACUCGUUUUACUUGUCGAGGUGACGGGGGCAACGUUGCGUUCAGUCAGACCAUUUCCAAGAUGGCGAAGUGCGCGUGACAUCUAUCGUCGGUCGGUCCGUGUGUUAAUUUCGAAUAUUAAAUUUAUUUUUAUUUUGUUUUAACGGCAUUUUAAACCGAUCAAAUGUAUUUAUUAAUCUCGGUACUAGUGUGUUUGAAAACGAAUUAAAUUUGUGACUUUGAUGGAUAUAAUACAAUGCCAAGACGACGGAACGGAGAGAUACCGUUGCCCGAUGGUUGGGAUUUUGCUAGAGACUAUGAUGGAAAAGUGUAUUUCAUCGAUCAUAACUCUAAGAAAACCACUUGGAUUGACCCCAGAGACAGGUUCACCAAACCUCAAUCAUUUGCCGAUUGUAUUGGCAAUGAAUUACCUCUUGGCUGGGAAGAGGCCAUCGAUCCUGUCAUCGGGGUUUAUUACAUCAACCAUUUCAACCAAUGCACCCAAUUGGAAGACCCGAGGUUGGAGUGGAGAGCUGUUCAAGAGGCUAUGCUAAGGGAUUAUCUUCAUACAGCUCAAGAUGUAUUAGAAGCUAAAAAAGAAAUUUAUGAUAUUAAACAACAAAGACUAUACCUAGCCCAAGACGAGUACAAUCACCUUAAUAAUGCUCUGUCGACAUUAAACACAUCUAGAACUAGUCUUUGUUCAAGCUCUAGUAAUAUAAGUACAAAAUAUGAUCCUGAUUUGCUCAAGUCGGACGUGGCUCAUGCUAGAGAAAGGGUUACUAGGUUAAAACGUGAGCUUGAACAGAUUGGUGUAGAAAUGUCGUGUACUCGUCGUGGAGUUGAAACACUUUCUAAUGUUGAACAAAAGUUGUCAAAUGAUGGCAGUCGAUACAAUGUUGUUGAAGCUCAAGCUAUUGUUACUGAACUAAGAGAGAUUCAGCAAUCUCUUAGCUCUGGCCAACGAGAGCGUACUGGUUUAAUGCAAUCUUUGGCCAAGCUCAAAGAUGACCUAACAAGGUUACAACUUUGUUCUGCAACUGACGAUCCUGAUUUACAAAUCCAACACUCUUCAUCUACCCAACUUAGUGACAAACUAAGUACUGCCUCUCAAACAGAUUUAUCAGGCGAACUAAUGCCAAUGGGUACACGGUUAGCUGAAAUGGCACGAAUGCGACUUGAAUAUGAUGAAGCACGAAAACGAAUCCAAAGUAUUCAACAGCAAUUAGCUGAUCUCGAAGAAAAAGUUAUGCCUGGUCAAGAAGAGUCUGAUAAAGACCGUUUAUUAUUAUUUCAAGAAAAAGAACAGCUUUUAAGAGAGUUGAGAAGUAUCACACCACGGUCGCGUAGUCAUCAAGAAAUGACUGAUAUUCAGGGUGAAAUAAAAAAAUUAGAGCAAGAUUUAAAUAAUUGUUUAGAAAUGUCUAAUAGAGCUAUCGCAGACAGGUUAAGAUUGCACGAAGAAAAACAAUUGUUAUUGCAACAGCUAAAAGAAGCAUUACGAUCAAUGACACAGCUAGAAACUCAAUUGAAAACAUUGUCAGCAUCUACAUUAUCUGUUAGUUCUAGUUCAAGUUUAGGAUCAUUGUCUACAACCAGUAGCAAAGGAUCACUCAGUAGUGGAUUAAGUUUUACAGAUAUAUAUGGUGGACCUCAAUGUCUAGCUCCUGCUACCUAUGAUAGACCAGUAGACAUGGCUGAUCUUCAUAAAAGAGUUGAGAGACUGUUGCGUGAUGAUAUUCAACCUCCAGCAUACGAAAACAUGAAUGAUUCAUCAAAUUUGUUGCCUAAUGUAACUGGUGUGCCAUAUACUCGAAACUGUAGACCCACUAGUCCACCAUUAUCACCUAUAUCUGAAACACCUAGAAGCGUUUCUGCUGCAGUUAGUGAUGAAUCAGUAGCUGGUGAUUCUGGUGUAUUUGAAGCGAGUCAUAAAUCAAACUUCAACGCUGAAACUUCUCAAGUUCAAAUUCGCUUAAAGUAUUCAAUUGCUGAACAAGUGUUGCAUAUAUGCAUAGAGAGAUUACGAAAUGUAGUGGCUUUAUCUAUUGCUGAGUCUUGGCAAUUAUAUGUGAAAGUUAUGCUUUUACCAAGCAGCUUAAAUCCUUCAUUAAGUGGUUGCACUAAACCUAUAUCAGAUCUAUCUAAAGCGAGGUUUGGUGAUAGUUUUGCAUUUAAUUUGCCAGCCAAUAAACUUUGUACCAAAACACUACAAGUCAAUGUUUGGGGACUUGGUCCAGAAGAUUUAACUGAGUGUUUGGCAUGUGCUCAAGUCAGUUUGGCCGAAUUCAAUGAGACUGAGAAUAAUUCUUGGUGCAAGUGGUAUAAUUUGCUUAGUUUAAAAUUCAUGCACAACAGUGGGUCUUUGCCUUCAAUUUUGCUCAAAGAUGAUGGUGGUGGAUCUGAUGAUUCUACUAUUAUAUCUUCUCAAACGUCUACUCUUACUAGAAAUCAAGGUUGUUGUGAUGAUAGUGAUCCUAAAUUUAUAAAUGUCGACAAUUUAAAUGGAAACACCAUUGAAUAUGAUGAAGGUGACUCAGAUGAUAGUGUGAGUGACGAUGAAGAUGAUGAUGUUGAAGUUGAUGAUAUUGAAGUUUAUCAUUUGAAUAGUGAUAAAAAAAAACUCGAUAAAGUGUUGGAAAUCCCUGAUUUAGAAAAUGAUAAAGAAGACAAAGAAACAAAUACUGAUAGUGCAUUUAGUAUGAGUAGUAGUGAAAAAAAUAGAGUACCUCCUACAAUUAUUGUCAAGCGAUCUCAAACGUUUUCUCCAGCUGCUAAAAACCAAUAUAUUUGUAAAUUGAAUCGCAGUGACAGUGACAGUGCCAUGAACUUGUAUAGAAGACACAUAUCAUCUAGUGCUAGUAUGAAAGGAAUUGGAGGAAGCAAUGCUGAUAUAGCAUUUCGGCGCAAUUGUUUGGAGAGGAGGUCUUUGCGUCUAAGUCGUUUGCCUGGUAUUUUACCUAAUGGUUAUGUGCCAUCAAUGUGUGGCACAUCUUGGUGUCGUCCACCUAGAACGUCUAUUGAUUUGGAAUUAGAUAGACAAGCUCAACAUGCUAGACUAUUAUCACUAAAUGACGAAAUCUCUAGGCUCAAACAGUUAAAAAAUACCUUAGAAAUAGCUAAAGAAACAGGUGACACUGAUGUAGCUGCUUGGGUACUUGAGGAUGAAGAAUUUCAAAAUCUUGUCAAAGAAGCUGGAGAUAAAACAUUAGAUGAAAAGAAAGUUGAAAGACGACUUAAAAGAGCCUCACAAAAAUUAUACAAUUUAAGAAAAAGUAAAGCUGGUCAGGGAAAACCAGAUAUUAUUUCUUUUAAAGAAAAAAUGGCAUUUUUCACACGACCUGGUGUUUCUGUACCUGUACCCCCUAGUAGUAAAUCAUCUCGGGAAUCAAAAUCAGCUGAAACUAGAUAUCAGUAUACUGUGGACCGGAUAUAUGGAGUAGAAGUUUAGUUUUAUUUACAUGUUCAUUAUUAUACUGACAAAAUAAAAUCCCACCUGCUUUUAUUUUCUAAGACUUUGAUACUAUUAUUUUGUACAUAAGAAAUAUGAAUACGUUUUGAAUUAUUACUUUUGUAAUAUAUUCAAUGUUACAUGAUUGUUUUUAUUUUCUAGAUAGAUUUUAUUUAUUGUUAUAUUAUUAUUAAUUAUUAUUAUUUUAUUGUUAAAGUUAAUGUAAAACGAACAAAAACAAUAAUUUGUAUGUGCCUUAAUACAUAUAGUUAUAGCUGACUAGAUUUUAAUGUGUAUCAUAUGUUUAUAGUUAGCAAUUUGCCAUAAUUUAUUGUUAUUAUUUUAAUAAUGUAUUAAAACUAAAUGAAACUAAUUAGAAAUUUAAGAUCUGACAUAAUCUAUUACUAUGUAGUAUAUACUAUACGUACAAAGAUACAAUUCAAUGUUUCACAAAAAUGGCUGUGACUAAAAUUUGUAUGCUAGAGUAAUCUAUAUAUGAAUUCAAUCUUGAAAUAAUUCACGCCUCUUAAUUGUUCAUUUCUUUUAUGGGUGCUAUUCUUUAUCAUAUUUUUAUAAAAACUAUGUUAAAAAUUUUUACAUAUAUAAUAUUUUAAACCUGUCAGGGUAACUAAUAACUAAAA